AUGGAAGUGGUAAAUGGAGCACCCUGGGUACCACGUCAUCAUAAUCGUAUUUGCAGCAUGCAUUUUGUUCGAGAUAGAAAAUCGGAUCACCCUGAAAGCCCGAGUUACAACCCAACAAUUUUUAAAAACUCAACUAAAAUAAAAACUGAUGCCAAAACUGCUGUUGAUAGGUUUCAAAGAAGGUUAAAACGAACUCUCACUAAAGAAAGUAAUUUUCAAAGCUUCGAAGAACCUAAAAAGAAGAAAAUGUGUUCUAUGAGUAGUUUUCCAGUCAAUGAAACAAUUGAAAACGUUGAAAAUGCUGAAAAUAUUGAUUCGAUCGAUGCUGGAACUCAAGUUGACUUUCUAAGUGAUGAUAACAAUGACGAUGGUCAAGAUAUCAGCAGAAAAGAUGGCGAAUCAUACCUGUGUAAAUAUUAUUCAACUGAUUUUUGCGAUGUCGAAAUUCAAGUGUAUCGCCCAAAAAUCAACAAGCCUAAGCAGAAAAAAGUUGUGAUCCCGGAAGCAGUCAUUCAAGUAAAUGCUAGCAAUAACAUUGACACAAACACAAAUAAUCACACAUCGAACAGAUCUGGAUUUUAUGGAUAUUCUUCAAUAAAAGAGGCCUCAGAGCUUAAUGACCUUGGAGGCGUUAAACUUGAAACCUUUCAACUUUUGUUAAAAAUUAUGAAGAGAAAAAAAGUUGAUGACAGGACAAAAAUAUCGUUAGAAGAUCAGUUGUUUAUUUUUCUAAUGAAAAUGAGAUGUGGACUCACGUUUACUUCUAUGGCUGUUUUAUUUAAUCUUCAUAGAACAACAAUAUCAAAGGUGUUUUAUGAUACUUUAAUGUACUUAGCUGGUGCAUGUAAGGAGUUUUUAAUUUGGCCAUCAAAAGAAACAAUACAGGCAAGAUUUAGAAUCAAAAUUCUUGUUUGCUGUACACCAUCAGGAUACAUUUCAUAUGUAUCACGCAGUUAUGGUGGUAGAGCAACAGAUUGUCAAAUAACGAGUAUGUGUGGAUUCCUAGAUCUACUUGAAACUGGAGAUCAAGUGCUUGCAGACAAAGGGUUUCCUCAAGUUAAAACACAACUAGAUGAAAGCGGAAGAGGAGUUCUAAUUAUAAUGCCACCGUUUUUGCAUGACACGUUUUCUGAAGAACAGGUAGAAGAAACUUAUAAAGUCGCAAGUGUUAGAAUUCAUAUCGAGAGAGUGAUACAAAGAAUCCGUACUUACAAAAUAGUUGAUAAGUUUACUAUCGAGAUGUUGCCUUAUUGUGAUGCAAUUAUAUUCAUGUGCUGUGUUUUAGUAAAUCUACAAUCACCAAUACUUAAAGAUGUUAAAUAA